GGGUCCCCCAGAGCGGUAGGAUGUCACCUCGACCGCCCGGCCAUCCGACCGUCAAGGCACGACACAUCCAGGACAAACCACCCGUCAAAAAUGUUCCGCGAUUUCUCGUUGGGAUUGCCCGGCGCGGUCUCGACCAUUUGGCCUUGCGGUAAAUAGUGUCAUUAUAUAGUGUUUACAGAGGAUAGACAAACGGAAGGUCGAGCGAGAACGUAUAGAGAAAUUUCUGUCCUCGAAAGAAUUCGGACGGGCGUCGGCCGGUUGGCUCGGGCAAACCGAGUUAAUAUAUUCACGGCCAACGUUGGCUCGGAGCGAGGUGGCGCCAACAACUCACUGCCGCCGACAGAUGGCGAAGGGGUUAUCCCGGUGAUCCGAUUACCUUAUCCUACCAGGCGUAUCUUUUCUCCGGUCCGUCCUUUCUCGGUAAGUUUUUCCACCUGUUGUUUGUUAAAUACGAAUGCGCUCCGCGACCACCGAGCCAUCGUCGAUCGUCGUCCGGCUGCGCGCCGUUGCAUCUGCGCCGAUACUUCCGGAGAAGAGUCGUUCGUCCUACCAAAACAAACUCGUAACGUGUAUCACACAUUAGGACUUUGGAUAAGAUAAACGAAUGGCACGCCCGCGACGUUAUCCGUUCAUUUUAUCCAGAAAAUCCAAGAAAAAUGCCCGAUGAACUGUAAAUAAUAAAUUUAUUUUACGAGAAAUGAUGGCGUGCUCCCUCUGGGCAAUUUUUGCUUCGUUACGACUCGCCGUUAUAAAAUUUACCAUUACAUUUAUAUUGUAUACGUUAUAAUUAUUACGUUUUAUUUCGAAAAAGACGAAAUGAUUUUGCAGAAGUAUAUCGAAUCGGGAAGUUUUCAAAUCGUUAUCUUUUCCAUCGUGACUGAUUAUCGCCGUGCUACGAUUACGAUUUGAUCUCGACACAAUGUUUAAAAUUACUUAUAACGUCAUAAUUACAAUUUUGCGCUUCGUAUUCUGACUCUACGAAAAACUUUUCUUCCGAAUAUAUUUUUGGCAAGUUUUUAAAAUCGUCCUCUUCGUUCGCCCGCGUGUAAUUCCGUCCGAGUGGGUGAUAGAUUUCUUCCGGUGGUGUGCGAUUAAGGUUACCGUAACCGUCGAAGGCAAAACACGGACUGAUUGGCAUUAAGCGUACUCGGACGCCGAGGCAAAAUAAAAGGAAUUUGUAUUUUUUCGUCUAGUAAACGUGGACGUAUACGGUUUCCAUUUAUGCUUUCCUUCGAAGCACGGAAUGUGAUUUUACGUGUGAGAAAACUAUUUUACCGCUUGGACGAUAAGUAUUGUCGAAUUAAAUUGUUACCGACGUCGCGUGUUCUCCCGACUGCGGAGUCGUUGGGUUUGCUUGCCUGGUGUCGUCGCCUGGCCGACGAAUGCGAUAACGAUCGUCGAAUAUUUAGCGCUCGUCGGAUUUAAAUCCGAGCGAUUGCGAUUUAACCGUCGACUGUGCCGUCGGUCGAAAAGUGCGGACGUUUUCUUUAUUUUAAUUCUUUAAUCCGUAGCGUACUUAGAAUAAAGUGCACUACGGAUGAGGACGGAAUCUUUAGAGUACGGACCGUCCGUACCGACUACCGUGGACGAAACGUGGUGCGGCCACCCCGUGUGCUGCGGAUGAAAUGUCGACGGUGCCUCGACAUUUUAAAAAUUAGAACUAAAAAACUAGUUGAGAUGCUUUUUGUAAUAUGCCGUGGAGAAUUUUACUCGAACGAAACGGUCUUCUUGUCGCGAUGUAUUCGAAAUUAGCGAUUUCUCCAAAUAUUUGGCGCCGUUUAGAAUGUGUUGCGGUUUGGAGAUAUUUAAUGAUGAUCUGCGCGGUCCCGCGCUCGAGACCCGAACGAUUCUUCGACCCGACGGGAUGCUUUCCGGACUUCGGUGUCGGGAUCGGAGGUACAGAUGCCGCCGCCAAAGUCUACUGUAAACUGGACCGUCAACUGUUUUUUGUUCCGGCAACCCGUUCUUAACGAUGAAUAAUCUUUAAGACAAUGAGUUGCAAGAGAUUCCUUUCUUUCAUCACUGUAGAACCUGCACUGUUCCUUUAUAUGCUUGCUAUAUUUUUAGAAAGUAGUGUAUUGCAAGAUUUGAUUUCGACAAAGAUAUGUAUCAAACAAACUAAUUUUAGUGAAACGUUAUGUAGAGGUCUAGAAAAUGAUACGUUUUAUAAAAAUUUGACUAAAAACAAAAUUUAUGAAGAAGAAAGAACAAUGUGGAUAACUUAUAACAAUGCUAUACUUUAUGGUUUAAAUUUAGUUGUUGCAAGUUACAUGGGAUCCUGGAGUGAUAAAUUUAGUAGAAAAUUAGUAAUGUUAAUUCCACCAAUUAAUUCAUUUCUUGCAUGUAUAAAUUUUAUAAUCAUUUCUAAUUACUUAUAUUCGAGAAUGGAACUUAUUUUUAUUAGUAGUAUUUUAUCUGGUUUAUCGGGUGGAACUGUUGCUUUUAUAGGUUCUUGUUUUGGUUACCUCUCAAAUAUCACAACCAAAGAAACAAGAAAUAAAAGAAUAGCCUUUACUGAAGCCAUGCUUAUUAUUGGUGGCACGGUGGGAUUUUAUAUAGGUGGUGGAAUGUUGAAACGUACAAAUUAUGUUGAUAUAUUUAUACUUGAACUGUUCAUUCAUUGUCUUUCUGUGAUAUAUAUAAUAUUUUUUAUUAAGGAAUUAAAACACGAUGACAAAAUACAAAGUGGAAAUUUGUGCACAAAAUUUUUUUCUGUUAAACAUAUUAUAGAAAUGUUCUCUAUGAUAUUCCGACGAAGAGAAGACAAUAAGCGUUGUUAUAUAGUAUUGUCUCUGAUUGCUACAAUUUUAGUAUAUUAUGGUCUAACAGUUCAAAUUGCUUUGUUAUAUUUAUUUGUGACAAGUAAGCCAUUGCAAUGGAAUCAAGAAUUAUAUAGUUAUUUUUCUGGAGAAAAUUUUGCUAUUAGUGGAACUGCACUGCUUAUUGGUUUGCCAGCAGCUUACCAUUUUUGUAAAAUUAAAGAUACCACUGCAGGAAUAAUGGGUGUUUCAUCUAGAAUGAUUGGUUUAAUAUUUCUUGGAUUAUCAUAUACCAAAGAAAUGAUGUUUAUAAGUAAGUUUUCAUUUAUAUUAUAACAACUGAGCUCAGAUCUGUAAAUCCAAAUAUCUAAAGAUUACUUCAAUCAAUAAUUCUGCUGCACUUUAAUCAUCAAAAUUAGUUUAAAUGAUUGAAGUACAGCCAAAAUAUAGAGUGAAGUAAUCUGGCUCUUCUUAGAUAUUUAAUAUGCUCUAAUUACAUAAUGAACAAUUGAAACUCCUAAAACUCACAAUUUCAUUAUUGAGUAACAUUAUUGAAAACAUGCUUUUUUGAAAUGAUAUAAAUUUUACACAGUAUUAUUAUAAGUUGUCAAAGUAGGGAACAUUUAAUAAUAAUGUUUAUAUUUCAGUAAAUCCCCAAAACUGGGAUCAUAUAAACACAGACAACCUAAGCAAUAACAACAAUUAUGUAAUUAAUAAAUAAAGAAAAUAUUUACUGAUGUUUUCAUCUAUUUACAUACCUCUAAGUAAAACAGACACUGAUGCUGAACCUUAUGUGUAUUUUACUUAUAGAGGUUUAUGACUUUUAAAGUUGCAUCCUGGAAUUCUGUAAAUAUUUUAAUUGUAAAGUAGUUUAUUUUUUGAUUUGAACUUUUCAUUUGUACUGAAGAGGGAUACAAUAAUACUGGUAUUCAUAAUACAUAUAUAAAUGCAAAUAUAAGGAUGGUUUACUAAGGUUUGUUAUUGUUCAUUGUGUGAAACUAUAUGACUGUUAAAAAUCAGAAUAAGAAGAGACUUUGGAUCAGAAUUUAAGUGACAUUAAAAAAGUCCUACAAGACUUUAAUUGUUUUUUAAACAAAUAAAUAGAAUACUGUGGAAUUAUAGCAAUUGUAAUAAUGGAAAUGAUCUGCUUCUGACACAAUAAAGUGCUAUAAAUUAAGACACUUGGCAGUUUUUCUCAUCUUUAUUUAGUUGAUACGUGUGAAAAAUUUACACAUUUCGGGCUCCUAAGCCCCUCUUCAGCCAACUAAAAUAUUAAAAAAGCAUACAACACAUAUAUAGAAAAAAUACAUAGGUUUUGUACAGUUUAUAAAAUUAUCGUGAUCAAAAACAUACCUAUGCAUACAAGUUUUAUAAAUUAAAGUGACAUCAGCUUAUUCUUAAUACUUUCAGCCAACUAAAACAUUAAAAGAGUAUACAAUACAUAUAUAUAAAAUUAUACACAACUUUUAGAUCAAAAUAGUUUUAUAAUUUCUGCAAAACAUACCUUGGAUAUAACUAUUACUAAAGUGGUACACAGUUGAUUAUACUUUCCACUCAUAAAUCCAUUUUGUAAAUUCUUACUUCCUUUGAUACACAUUCACAAAUUUACAUAUUUACAUA